AUGCUCAUCCCUCUUUGGUAUAUUUCCUUGAAAAUACAAAUGGAAGGAUACCCUAAACUGAAUAAGGUGAUGAUCAAAGAAGCUUGUGAGAAGACAAGGCUUGAACUAAGGCUAUCUCCUCCAGGAGAUGGCCGUUACUCCAUUGGUACAACUCAUCCCACUAAUAGUUCAUCAAACACACUCAUGUUUAAAAGCUCGAGUAAAAGGGUUGCACAGCUGCCGACAGUUGUAGGAUGGCCGCCGGUGAGAUCAUCAAGAAAGAACAUUAUGACAUCUAGCUACUCCAUCAAGAUUAAUAUGGAUGGAGUUGUGAUCGGAAGAAAGGUUGACCUCAAAGCGUACGAUAAUUAUCAAAGUCUCUCCUCAGCUGUUGAUGAACUCUUCAGAGGACACUUGACAGCUCGAGGAGAUGCUUCUUCCAGUAUAACGAAUAAGCAAAAAGACGCAACAACAGUAGGAUUGCUGGAAGGAAACGGAGAGUUCACCCUAGUUUACGAGGAUAAUGAAGGAGAUAGAAUUCUUGUUGGCGAUGUUCCUUGGGACAUGUUUAUAUGUUCGGCAAAGAGGCUUCGUGUGUUGAAAACAAGUGAAUUGUCUGCUUUCCAUCUAUAGAAGGAUAGAUCACAAGUAAUCAACAAAACAUCAAUCUAUUAAUAUAUUAUUCAGUUUUGUC